UUGCAUACUUCCGGUGGCUAGCAGACAGUCCAAAGUUCAUCAGUUCAGCCUCAACCGGCCUGCAGUGCGAGCCGUCUACUGUUACUGGCGAAUUGCAGUUUGCUUACACGUUACCUUGGUGCAUCUCAAAAUGGCAGCAAACACAGGGAAAUUGCUCGGCAAGACAAUCUUCAUCACAGGGGCCAGUCGCGGUAUUGGCAAAGCUAUCGCCCUGAAAGCCGCUCAAGAUGGCGCCAACAUCGUCAUUGCAGCCAAGACAGCAGAACCACACCCAAAACUGCCAGGCACCAUCUACACAGCUGCCAAGGAAGUGGAGGCAGCUGGUGGGAAGUGUCUACCCUGUAUCGUAGACAUCCGCUAUGAGGAUUCAGUUGUUAAAGCCGUGGAAGAAGCAGUUGCAAAGUUUGGUGGCAUCGACAUCCUGGUGAACAAUGCCAGUGCUAUCAGUCUGACAGGCACUGCAGAGACACCCAUGAAGAAGUAUGACCUGAUGAAUGGGAUUAAUGCAAGAGGAACCUAUUUGUGUUCUAGGGUGUGUCUGCCUCAUCUGAAGAAAGGCAACAACCCACACAUCCUCAACCUCAGCCCCCCACUCAACCUCAACCCCCUGUGGUUCAAGGGACAUGUUGCCUACACUAUGGCCAAGUAUGGCAUGUCCAUGUGUGUGCUGGGAAUGGCGGAAGAGUUUAAAGCUGACGGCAUUGCUGUGAAUGCACUAUGGCCAAGAACAGCCAUCCUUACUGCAGCCAUGGAGAUGUUGGGUGGAGGAUCCGGUGUGGCCUCCCAGUGUCGAAAGGUGGACAUCAUAAGCGAUGCUGCAUACUUGAUGCUAUGCAAAGACAGCAGGUCAUACACUGGCAACUUCGCCAUUGACGACGAGGUUCUUGCUGAAGCUGGAGUGACAGACAUGGACCAGUACUCGUGUGUGCCAGGAUCCCAGCUUCUUCCAGACUUCUUCCUGGAUGCUGCGUCCUCGUAUGUUGGGCAGGGCAAGAUUGGCCAGCAGGAACCCAAGACAGCAGCCCCGCCGUCAGGGGGCAGUGUCACCCAAACAUUCCAGAUGAUCAAGGCCAUGAUCAACAAGGACCUGGUGGAAAGUGUCAAUGGCAUCUUCCAGUUCCAACUCACAGGAGCUGAUGCCGGCAGUUGGUACCUGGACUUGAAGACAGGGGAGGGUGGUGCGGGGAAGGGGGAGGCUCCCAACGGCUCACAGUGCACCAUGACACUCGACAGUGGCGAUUUCAGCAAGAUGUUCGCAGGCCAGCUGAACGCCACCAACGCCUUCAUGUCCGGCAAGUUGAAGAUCAAGGGAGACAUGGCUAUGGCCAUGAAGCUGGAGAAACUAAUGAGCAAAACCCGAGCCAAGUUGUGAGAAGUCCUUGCAGUGUAGUAGACUGACAUUUUUAUACAGUGUACUGGAGUGACGUGACGAUUUAUGGAACAAAUCAGUGAUUGAGAAAAAUGUGUUUAAAUAUGACUGAAUGAGAAUGGUGAAAAUGUCUCUCUCCACUUCAGUUGUCAGAGCUUCAUUAAAUGAUGUAUGUUUUCAAAGGAACGUUUGUUGUGAGUAUUUCAGUGUAACAUGCAGUCAUGACAGGUAACGUGUACCAGUGCUUCUAUAAACUGUAUCAUGCUAUCAUUGUGGUGGGUAAGUCCAUCAGUCCAAGGAACAAUUGUAUAUAUUUCCAUACUGUUUGAAUUACAAGUAAUUUGUAAUAAAGUUACUAUUUCUGUGGA